GGAGAGAAUUUAAUCAAACCACCAAUACCAGUAUUUCUUAAAACGGUUCUGGAAAAAGAUGACAAAGACGCGAAAGCUAUGCCACUCAGUAACAAUACUAUUAGCAGACGAAUAGACGAAAUGAGUGAAGAUAUUGAAAUACAACUUGUUGAAAAGCUGAAAACAAGAGAAUUCUCAGUGCAAAUGGAUGAAUAAACUUUGAGAGACAGUGAGGCUGGAUUGAUAACUUACGUGAGAUAU